AUGGUCCGAGCCAGGAGAUCUUUCACAGAGGUCGAGUCGACCCGUUCAGACUUUGACCAUUCUGCCAAUUUCACCUUAUCGAAGACCGCACGACCUGAUUGGAAAUGGGGCGACGCUGCUAACGAUCAUGGCGCGGGCCUCGCGAAGAGACACGUCGAAAUCAAUCCCAAUGCCGCUGGGCGAUCAGCCAUGAGCAACUACAAGUUACUGAUCUCAGGCAUAAUCCCCCGACCGAUCGGAUUUCUGAGCACUCGAAAUGAAGAUGGAAACUCACAAAAUCUGGCCCCAUUCAGCUACACUCAAGUGGUAAAUCAUGAUCCUCCUAUAUUUGUGGUCGGAUUUGCCGGUUCGAAUGACAAAGACACGCUGAAGAACUUGAAGGCUACUGGCGAGUGUGUAAUAAACAUCAUCAGUGAGCAUUUUAUUGAGGCUGCCAACGCGGCUGCCAUUGACGUCCCAUAUGGCAUGAGCGAAUGGCAGUUGACAGGAUUGACCCCUGCGCGUUGCGGGCAAGUGAAGGUAGAUCGAGUAGCAGAGAGCAUUUUCAGCAUAGAAGGAAACGUACUCGAGAUCAAGGAUUUUGAAAGCAAGUUUGAAAAAGGCGUCAAGUCCGGCUCCAUGGCUAUUAUCGAAGGAGUUCGCUUCUGGGUCCGGGAAGACGCUCUCAGUGAAGACCAAGCGACCAUUGAUCCAGCUGUGCUGCGUCCGGUUGCGAGGCUGGGAGGAAUAAUGUACGGCCGAGUCACGCAGGCUUUCGAAAUACCCAGGCCUAGAUAUGCGGACUGCAAAGAGCAGAUAUCAAAACGAUAA